AUGCGUCAAUACGAUUAUAUGGAUCUCGCCUGCCUCCUCCUUAUUUACCUCCUAUUCCCCCUCGGGUCCGCUUGUCAUACUCCUUGUUUUCCUUUUAUGCCGUGUCCCGACCUCUCCCACAACUACCUCACAGGACCUGCAGUGAUGCCUCUUGCUGCACGCAUCCUAGAUCUCUCCAGCAACUUCCUCUCGGGCCCUCUGCCCGACGAGGCAUGCCAGCCUCUCUCUUUUGAUGCCAACUGCUUCAUGCUGCUGCUUGGCUGCCAGGACAGAAAUUACUCGAGUAGCCAGCCGGUUCUCCCACCAGCAUCUGUGCUCACCAAGGGGACGCAGCGCAAGACAAGUGGGAACUUCACUGCAGCGCCGGUGACGCUGUUUGUGUACGAGGAAGGGCAGGCGCUGUCAAGGUGUGGGCUGGAGCUCGCCUUCCACGCCAACUUCACCUUCUCCCUCUCGCCUCGAUCUGGCCGCGUGGGCUUCAACGGCUUUGCCUUUGUCGUCUCGGCAACGGACCGGGUGGGGAGCGGCGCUGGUGUGGGGUAUGGUGAAAUGGACAAGCGGAACAUGGCGGUUGAGUUUGACACGCUGCAGAACAAGGAGCAUGGCGACAUGAGCAGCCAACAUGUAGGGCUGAACAUUCGAGGCCAGGACAGGUCGCUGGCCGCUGUGAGGUCACCCUUCCCUUUGUGCAGCACAAAGGAGAACACAGCGUGGGUGGACUAUAAGCCGGGGGAUCCGGGCACCAUCCAGGUCUUCCUAGCUGACUCGCAGAAGAAGCCACAGCAGGCGAUGCUGGAGAGGAGGCUGGCACUGUGUGAGAUGCUGCAAGGUGCACCCGAACGGCCCGCCUUCUUCUUUGGCUUUGUGGCGUCCACCACUGUGAAACCGUUUCAGCAGCACGUCAUUCUUGAUUCGACAGUGGUUACUGCCUAUGGCCUGCAGCUAUCAACAAACACGUACAUGCCAGCAUGGGCCAGCCCCUUCCCGCGCUACGUGAGUGCGGACUAUCGAUCGGCGCCCGGCAAGCAGGACUCGUGGGUCAUCAGCGACUUCCUCUCUUGGGACUCUGUGCCCUUCCUUGGCUGGCCCGUUAAGGACCAAAAAGACUGCAGUGCUUGCUGGGCUUUUGCAUUGGUGGCGAGCGUGGAAGCGGCAUACGGCAUUGUAACGAAUGGAGAGGCGCCGCAGCUGUCAGUGGAGUCACUCUUUGCAGCGAUGGGGCUCACCUCCGAAGCUGACAAGUGCAUCACGGGGGGCUCUCCCACCGAGGCAUUUAAAAGGCUUCUCAUGUUGCCGCGCGGUGGAGUCACAGAGACCUUCAAGUACCAGGAUCCUGGCUGCUAUACCGGCAAACUCAACCACGUCAUACUCGUUGUUGGCUACUUUGUCUUGAGAAAUGACGGGAGCCAAAAUCGCAUUGCACCUCCAUUUUGGAUUCUCCGCAACCCGUGGGGAGUGGAGUGGGGCGACCGGGGCCACAUGCGCAUAGACAUUCAGGAAGGGGAUGGCGUGUGUGGCAUCAACGUGCUGCCUGGCAUCUACCCUAUAGUCAAGAUGGAUGUGUGUGGGUCUGACUUAAAGAACCCGUGCUACGUGGGAGCAUGCAUCAACGACGCCAAGGGCUCCUACUCCUGCAUCUGCCCUCCCAACUACGUUGCAAGCACAACCAUUGACAACUUCCCCACCUGCGACCCAGGUGCUAUUGCCUUGCCUUCGUUUGUAGGAGGGUCGCUGCUCCUUUUGAUUAUUCUUGCACGACAUGUUGGGGUCAUCACCACCCCCACGAUCUACUUCCACCUCGAGGGCGACACAUGCUGGUCCAUCAGAGCCCAGCUGUUCCUUACCACCAGCAACCUCACAGCACUCAAUCCCGGCCUCAACUGCUCAGAGCACAUCAAGGCGGGUCGCUCUCUGUGCAUCAAGCGCAACGCCACCUUCGCCUACACUGUGCCUCGGUGCCUGCGAUACGGCAUGCUUACAGCACAGGACACGUGUGAGCGCCUGCUGCUGCAGGUGGCAGCGAGUGAGGACGACCCAACGGGGGAUGGGAAGGAGAACGCUACGCGCUGGGCUGAGCUGUACCGCAACAAUCCUGGCCUCAUCUGCUCGAGUGUCAUCCCGGUCUCCGCCUCUGCUGUUGGCAGCAGCACUGGCAUGCAGGUGAGGGGCGGAGGGGAACCGGUUGGGGGCGCAAGAGAUGGGAAGGAUAUGGAUGGAAAAUUGGUGGGUGAACGGAACGUGGGGCGUAAAAAGGCGGUGGACAAGGCACGGGCACCCCGCCUCCGUUGGCAAGCCGCUGGCGGAGGCGGGAGCGCAUGCACAGCUAUGCGUGGGCAGCAGAGCGUAUGGAGGUGUGCACGCGCAGCUGCGGCUGCUGAACGGGACGGGACGAAAGCGUGGCAGCGCACGGCCACGCGCGCGGCUGCUGCUGCUCGUAAUUGGGGCAGAGCAACGCAUGGGACUGCACACGCUAUUACGUGUGCGGCUGCUACUGCUCGUAACGGGAUGGGGGCGGGGCAGCGCGGAACAGGGCGGGUAACGCGGGGCGGGUAG